AUGACUCUCAACCUUCUUCGAGGGUCUCGUAUCAACCCAAAUCUGUCGUCUUGGGCCCAACUCCACGGCUCGUUCGACUACAAUUGUACCCCUUUGGCUCCCCCGGGCAUCCGCGUACUCGUACAUGAAAAACUGUCAAUUCGCAGAACUUGGGCCCCCCACGCAGCCGACGGUUGCCAAGUAAAAAUGCCCAGCACCUUGUCUCGCAACACAAUUGUCGCAGCUGCUCACGAUCUUGCCCAUGCUCUGGCACAUCCCUCUCCCGCAUCACCCUUGUCGCCUCUUUCGGUCCAAGAACGCGAAGCCCUAUCGCAACUUUCAGAUAUUUUUUCGAAAGCCACUAAUCCAGUUGACUUGUCCCUCCCCGCCGCUCCAGCGACAACCCUAAGUCAGCCAGCUACACCCACCUCCUCACCGCGUCAAGUCCACUUCCGAGACCCGGUCACUGAAUCACUUCCGAGGGUGCCGACCGCCACAGCCGCCCCUCCGUAG